AUGAAUUUUAUCAAUAUACUUAAUGCUGCCUUAGUACACAUCAUAUGCUGUAUCGUAUCCGUCAAUAGUGCACCAACAUGUACAGAUCCUACAGACUUACAGACUAAAUUCAAUGGAUUAAACGGAGGUGUAGAUUACAGGACAUUAUUAUUCACGGAAGGUUGGAAACAAGACACACUGGACAAUGAUUUUGUUCAUUUGGUAAAUCACGGAGAAAAUAAAACUAAAAUCAGCUGUCCUUCAACAUUUUUAAAAGGAUCUAAUUUCCCAUUAAUGGUACGUACAUCAUGUCCAUGGUACUUAGAGAAAACGCAGUACAGCGCUGAAACAUAUCCCCAUGAACUAUAUAGAGCUACUACGAAAUGUACUAAGUGUAUAGAUGCUUCUGGAGAUCAGAAAUGUUCACCAAUUCAACAGAAAAUCCAGAUAUUAAAAAGAGCAGGUUGUGAAAAUGGAUUUUAUAAAUAUGAAGUAACAGAUACCUAUAUUCCAGUAGCUUAUGUAUGUGAACAGCCAAGAGAGGUCGUAAAUGAUGUACAAAUGACCACUGCCCGACCUCAAGCUGAUGGACCAGAAGAAAUGUAAGGUCCAUGAUAUAAAACACAUCCUUUCCAGAGUUAUUGGAACACAUAUUGUAAAGUCCUAUGGACAUAUAUGGUUGUAUAUUUAUGAUAUCAAA